AUGUUGACUGAAACUCCAUUUAGGCCAAGAGAGAAGCUUCUGGAGAAGCAGAGGUUGUUCCAGAGCAUCCAAAGGCACACUUACCUCAAAGGGCCCAUGGACAAGGUCACUUCCGUUGCCAUUCCUCUUGCCUUGGCUGCUUCUUCUCUCUACAUGAUUGGAACAGGAAUCUACAACAUGUCGAAUGGAAUCGGGAAGAAGGAAUAA